CGUCCUCUCAUCACCACCGUCGAUCACACCACGCAGGCCCAUCAUGUCCCUCAAAGUGCCCAAGGCGGGCAUGAACCUCUUCAAGGACGGCUACAAGCUGCUCCAAGGAACGGAGGAGGCAGUACUGCGUAACAUCCAGGCCGUCUGCGAGCUCAGUGAUAUGCUCAGGACGAGCUUUGGCCCCAAUGGCAGGAAUAAGUUGCUCAUCAAUCACUUGUCUCGCUCCUUUAUCACAUCGGACGCGGCUACUAUUCUGCGCGAACUAGAAGUGGUCCACCCGGCUGGUCGCCUCGUUGUCCUCGCAUCACAGCAGCAGGAGGCAGAGAUGGGUGACGCUACCGCUCUCGUCAUCACUCUUGCCGGUGAGCUGCUCAAAAAGGCAGAGCAGCUCAUCAAUCUGGGAUUGCACCCUUCGGAAAUCUUGCAGGGGUACGAGUUGGCUAGAGAGAAGGCGCUGGCUGAGUUGGAGAACUUGGCCGUUGCAGAGCUCACCACCCCACCCACGGUCGACUCCCUCGCCCUCGCCCUUCGCCCCUGCAUCGCCUCCAAGCAAUACGGCCAAGAAGACGUCCUCGCCCCCCUUGUAGCUCAAGCCGUCUCCCUCGUCCUGCCCCCGACCUCUUCCACCUCAGGCAAGACUUUGGGUCUCAAAGACUUCAAUGUGGACAACGUCCGCGUAGUCAAGAUCAUGGGCGGCUCUCUCCCCGACUCGCGAGUCGUACGAGGAAUGGUCUUCGGUCGUGAGCCCGAAGGCGUAGUAAAGCGCAUCAACGAUGGAGCAAAGGUUGCUGUGUUCAGCUGCGGUCUCGAUAUCAGCCAGACCGAGACCAAGGGAACCGUAUUGCUGCACAAUGCCAAAGAGCUCUCCACGUUUAGCCACGGGGAGGAAAAGCAGUUGGAGAAGAUCAUCAAGGAGAUUGCGGAUUCGGGGGUCAAGGUAGUCGUCUCACAAUCGAGCGUGGGCGAGCUUGCACUUCACUACCUCAACCGCUUCGACAUUCUCUGCAUCAAGAUCCUCUCCAAGUUCGAGCUCAGGCGUCUCUGCAGGCUCAUCGGCGCUACGCCCUUGGCACGAGUCGGUGCGCCCACCCCUGAGGAGGCAGGUUGGGUGGACGUGGUUGAGACGACGGAGAUCGGAGGAGAUCGCGUGACGGUAUUCAGGCAAGAGGAGGGCAAGCCGGGCGGGAAGGCUAAGCCUCGUAUGGCGACUGUGGUAUUGCGUGGGGCUACAGCGAACCACUUGGACGAUGUGGAGAGGGCGAUCGAUGAUGGUGUCAACGUCAUCAAGUCCUUGACCCGUGACCCGAGACUGGUGCCUGGUGCGGGAGCGACAGAGGUUGAGUUGGCGAGACGUGUGGGCGAGUAUGGAGAGAAGACGGCGGGACUGAACCAGCAUUCGAUCCGCAAAUUUGCGGAAGCUUUGGAGGUGGUACCCCGCACCCUCGCUGAGAACGCUGGCCUCGAUGCUACUCAGGUUGUCUCCUCUCUGACAGCGCGCCAUGCCUCUGGCCCCUCAGGAGAGGAUGCCGGUGUGGACAUCGAGGGCGAAGGUGAGGAGGGCAUCGUCUCUACGAAGGAGUCGCAGAUCUUCGACGUGCUGGCGGCAAAGCAUUGGGCUAUCAAGUACGCGGUAGGGGCUGCGAUCACGGUGUUGAAUGUGGAUUCGAUCAUCAUGUCCAAGCCGGCCGGGAUCAAGGUGCCCAAGCAGAACCCGAACUGGGAUGACGACUAGCGGUGAUGAUGGGACAGAGGGAGAGACGGUGGAUGGCUUGCUGGAUUCGAUAGACA